AACUUGAGUUAUCAUCGUCUCCCUGUCUUUUGCUUUCUCUCAAACUUUCCUCUAUGUUCCCUCACCCAAACUCAUUCCUUCCAAAUCUUUGUCUCCAAAUUCUCUUCCUCCUUGUUUUCUAGCUUCCCCCACAACCCCUAAGUUUUCCAACCUUUCACCUUCUUUUUCUUCCGAAUUUCCCAUUUCUCUUUCGGAGAGACAUUAAAUUAUAAAAGAAGAAAGAAGAAGAAGACGAAGGCAUGGUACUACAAAGUUUUGUAAGAGAAAGGGAAAUGGCGGCGGUUUUUCCCGCCUUGUUUAUGAUAACAGUGUUGGUUUUGGAGGCUGCGGUGGUCGUGGGUGGUUUUCCUGCGGCUUUGCAGCUGGAGAGAAGGGUUCCUCUGGCGACUCAUGAACUCGAGCUGAGUCGACUCAGAGAACGUGAUAGAGUCAGGCAUGGAAGGUUAUUGCAGUCGUCGGGUGGUGUCGUGGAUUUUCCUGUUCAAGGCACCUAUGAUCCGUUUCUUGUUGGGCUAUAUUAUACAAAAAUACAAUUAGGUUCUCCUCCAAGGGAUUUCUAUGUACAGAUUGAUACUGGGAGUGAUGUUUUAUGGAUAGGUUGUAAUUCCUGCAAUGGUUGUCCUCAAUCUAGUGGACUUCAAAUUCAACUUAAUUUGUAUGAUCCUGGAAGCUCAUCAACAGCUUCAUUAGUCUCAUGUUCGGACCAAAGAUGUAGUGCAGGUGUCCAAUCAUCAGAUUCUGGCUGUUCAGGUCAGAGCAAUCAGUGCAGUUACACGUUUCAGUAUGGAGAUGGUAGUGGAACAUCGGGCUACUAUGCAUCGGAUUUGUUGCAUUUGGAUACAAUUCUUGAGGGAUCUAUGACUACUAAGUCUACAGCUCCCAUUAUGUUUGGGUGUAGUAUGUUACAGACUGGAGACUUGACAAAGUCAGAUAGAGCGGUUGAUGGAAUCUUUGGGUUUGGGCAGCAGAGUUUGUCUGUAAUCUCACAACUUUCAUCACAGGGAAUAACACCUAGAGUGUUUUCCCAUUGCUUAAUAGGAAAUAAUGGUGGUGGGGGUAUCCUUGUUUUAGGCGAGAUUUUGGAGCCAAAUAUGGUUUAUACUCCACUUGUCCCAUCACAGCCUCACUAUAAUCUUGAUCUGCGGAGCAUUUCAGUUGGUGGACAAGUUUUAUCAAUUGACCCAUCAGUGUUUUCAACAUCAAGCAACCAAGGAACAAUAGUUGAUUCUGGGACAACUUUGGCAUACCUAGCUGAUCAAGCUUAUGAUGCCUUCGUCAGUGCUAUCACAAACACUGUUUCACAAACUGUGCGCCCUGUUCUUUCCAAGGGAAAUCAAUGCUACCUGAUAUCCUCCAAUGUCACUGACAUAUUCCCUCAAGUUAGUCUGAACUUUGCUGGCGGUGCAUCCAUGAUUUUAAAUCCUCAGGACUAUCUUGUACAGCAGAAUUCUAUUGGUGGUGCUGCAGUUUGGUGCAUUGGCUUUCAGAAAAUUCAGGGCCAAGGGAUAACAAUUUUAGGAGAUCUUGUUCUAAAAGACAAAAUCUUUGUUUAUGAUCUGGCGAAUCAACGGAUUGGAUGGACCAACUAUGACUGUUCAAUGUCGGUCAAUGUCACUGCAAAUGUCAACACAGGAAGAAGUGAAUUCGUGAAUGCGGGGCAGAUGAGUGACGGUGGCUCACCACAGAAUCAACCAAGGAGCAUAAAAGCUUUACUUCUACAUAUGUUUAUGCUUGCCGGUCUACUGUUUUUGUAGCAUAUACUGCAAGAACUCUGGGACAAAACACCCUGGGUUUCAUUGUAUAGCAAUCGGCAGAACCAUGAUUAAUUAUUUGAUUGCUGCUGAGGGCUGCCUCAGUAUGCAAUGCAAUUGUUGGUUAUAUUUUCACGGCUCUGUUUUGUUUCCGAGUGUAUUAUCAUCAGCCAUGUAGGAAAAUUACAGAUUUCAGGGGGUUACCCUAUUGGCAGCGGUGUAAAUUACAUUCAAUACAGAAUUAUUAUAUCAGCAAAUUUUUAAUUUUAUACAAACCUUCUUGCAUUUGUUA